GAGAGAGAGAGAUGGAAGGAAUGAGAGAGAUCACGAGAUCCUACUACGAGAGAGGAAGCGAGGCCGAGAAGGAAAAGAUCAAACUAACCUUCGCAAAAUUCGACAUCAACGGCGACGGGAAGAUAACCAUUGCGGAGCUCAAAAGCCUGAUGAGAAUCCCGGAAGCCGUGUUCCAUAAACUGGAUGUGAAUGGCGACGGGUGCCUCGAUUUCGACGAGUUUCUGUGCCUUUACCACAUGGGUGCUAGUAAGAUGGCGUUAGUCUAUUGCGACGGCUGUUCUCAGUUUCUGGAGGGCCCUUACUUCUCUUGCUUGCUUUGCCUGGAAAGAGGCUCCAAUACGUACGACCUCUGCUGUUCUUGCUACCGCUGUGGCGCCGAGUCGUCGCAUGAGCACUCGGUCGAGCACAUGAUGGAUCAUCACUCUCUGCUCAAGCUCUUCAGAGAAGAAAAAGCUCAAAACAAGAAAGAAAUGGAGGAAAUUCGCGAAAUUGCAAAAGCCCUUCACCGAGCCAGCUCUCCCCAAGUCCAAAAAUUAGCAACCGAGUUCUGCCAAGCCAUGGACUCGGACGGAGACGGCCGAGUCGAUCUGUCCGAGUUCCUUACCUUCAUGACUGAAGUAGGCUUUUCCUACAAGAAAACCCCUAGUUUAUUCGACGAGCUCGACGUAGACAGCGACGGCACCCUCGACUUCUUCGAGGUCAUGACGCUCCUCUACAUCAUCAAGAGCGGCCGCCCUCAAUGCGACUGCUGCGAAAAACUCAUCCCCGGGGUAUUCUUCUCCUGCGUCGAGUGCUUUAAGAAUCCCAAAAGCUCGUUCGAUCUGUGCAAGGAUUGCUACGUGAAGGGGAGGUACUACCAUAAUCACGGCGGCGGGGCUCAGUUUUUGGACAGUCAUACGUUGUUGCAGGCUAUGAGAUAUCCGGAGAUUGCCGAUGUGUCAGGCUUAACAAUUCAUGAGGCAGUGAAUGUGAAUAGAUCCACAAAUGCCAUAGCUCCAUCAAACUCAAACUGGAGCAAAAGGAAGGCUGCAUAUUAUGCACUUGACACAGCAGUCAAAUUCGGGACCAUUUCCGACGCCUUAGGCCUCUGCACUAUUAUGUGACAAUAUGAGAGAGCCAAAUCAAUUCAAUAAGGAAAGGCCUAAGAAAGUGCAUUUCUUUAUUCUAAGAAUGUUGAUUGGACUACUUUUUUUUUCUUGUGCAUGUAAUCUUUAUCUUUUGUUUUCGGGUGUAUGUAUAGACAUCAUUUACAUUUAAAAUGAUGUAGUACUAAAGAUAACUAUUUCAUA